ACAGUCAUCUCCUCAACCAGAUCACCAGCAGUUAUCGGAGUUUUCCCAGCUGGCAGUCCGACCGCUCCUUUUCCUCCCUUCACGCUCAGAACUUACCUGUCCGCCCUCCACCACAACCAAAUGAACCAAGACCCGAACCGGCAGUUACUCUCUCCCAGACUGAACCUACCAUCUCACAAAGUAAGACCAGUCCAAUUCUGUUCGCAACUCACUUUUCCCAUUACCACAAACUCAUCUUCUCCCUCUGUUGUUCCUUAGUGAGUCGACGACUCCGUGAGCCUGUUCCCGGAUUCAUUCUCUCUCAAACUAUCUUAUCAUUUUGUGCAAAUAAAAUCAUUUAACUGAUUACUAUUCUCCUGCGCUUGUUCUGCUUGUGGGCUAAGAACUUAAAACCCAUUAUGACGACCUGAUUCAACAGAGGUCCAGUCAGGUGGCGCUGGCCAUCUCACAAUGAGAGGAAUGGAGAUCAGCUGAGAAGUCCAGUGGUUGUAGAAUAAAAACUGCUGGUUCUGGUUCAUCGUGGAGUUACGUCUCCUUUAAGGACAGAGUGAUGCAUCAUGGGAGCACAAAGCAGCAUCACAGCAGAUCCUUCCUCCAGGAUUUUUUUGUCAUAAAAGCCAAAUUUUGUGAUAAUUGAUUUGUAAAAGCAACUAAGUAAAUUCAAAUUCUCUGAGUUUCUGGUGAACAUGAAGAAGAGAUUCUGACAUUUAAGGAAAAGGUCAGACAUUUUAGUUUUUCAGUGAAGAAAAAAGAACAUCUGAGGGUGUGAAUACUUUUUUCAGCCACUGUGAAUGAAGCUGAACACAAAAGUUUUUAAUCUUGAAUAAAGUUUGCAGAGUAGCUUUAUCUCUGAACAUGUUCCACUGUUGAGGUUCCAACUGACUGAAGCUCUGCUUUGGUUUUAUUUCAUGAAUCAACAAGAACCUGCAGCCUGACGUUUCCCAUCAGGCCCAAGGAGUCAAAUUAGUGAUUUACAACUUGUUCAAAUUGUUUUUACAUGACUGCAUAUCUCAAAAUACACAUUGUUGCCUUCAAUGCAAAUGAUUUAAAUCAAAACUUUUGCAUGUUCAGGUUUAAAGUCAGAGGCUGAAUAUCUGAAGCCACAGAUUAGAGAGCAGAGGAUGGAGAAAGUUCUGCGCUUCUUCUUCACAGCUUCAGCUCUGUGCGCCGCCGCCUCGCUGGCUGCACGUCAGUAUCGCUUCAUCUACGAAAAAAAGACGUGGGCCGACGCACAGACCUACUGCAGACAAACACACACUGACCUGGUCACUGUGGGCAGCCUGGAUGUUGCUACGACCCUGAACAACAUGGUCAACCUGAUCCAAAUGGGCAACGAAAGAGACGUAAGGCUGGCUUAGUCUCAUCUGGAUGUUUCCUCCAUCCUUCAUGUCAUCCUGUUACCUUCUAGCUGCUGCUUCCUGCAGGCCUGGAUCGGUUUGUACGAAGACAUCCAGAGCUGGAGGUGGUCUCUGGUGGACGACUCCUUCUACCAAGGCUACAGCACCCAGUACAGGAACUGGGUAUCUGGGCAGCCAGACAACUCUGGGUCCAACGAGCCCUGCUCAGAGAUGAACGACCUUGGGCAGUGGAACGACCUUCCAUGUGCGGCGAGGCGUAAACCUCUCUGUAUGUCUGUCAGCAACGCUCAGUCAGCAUCAUUUUUUGCUGUGAACUCCCUGAUGACGUGGAGCCAGGCGCAGAGCCACUGCAGGACGUACUACACGGACCUGGCCAGUGUGAGGACGUCAGCAGAGAACAGCAAACUGCUGGCGGUGAAGCCUUCAGGGGAGAGCUACUGGCUGGGCCUUUACAGAGACACCUGGAAGUGGUCGAACGGAGACGGCGCGACGCUCAGCUACUGGACGUCCGGCCAGCCUGACGGCUCCACUGAGCACUGCAGCACAGCGUACUUCAGCGACGCGGGCAGGUGGAGGGACUGGUUAUGCGGCUACGCCAAGCCAUUCAUCUGCCACUACGACCCGGUUCCUUUUACAAAGCAUCUGAUGAAAGUAAAGCUGAGCAGCUCCACUGUGGACCUGAACGAUGCUGCGGUCCAGACUGACCUGCUCAACCAGCUCAGACAGAAGCUGCAGGAUGAUGGACUGAAAGGAAACCUGAGCUGGAAGCAGAUCGGUGGGAAGAUCUUCUACACGGAGCAGAAGGUCUAAGAAUGAGGGGGAGAAAUCUCAUGUUUUUAAAUGAAAUUCACAUGAGAACAUUAUGAUUUUUUUAGCUUAAUCAAAUGUGACUGAAACAUUUGUAAGAAAUUCAUCUUUCCAAAACCAAACCUGAUUCAUUCUUAGGAGAAAAAUAUCUGUGUGCAGAUUUACUGUUUCUGUAAACAGAAUAAACCCACAAUGUUCAACAGGAAAUCAGACUUUAAUUCUGAAAGUCAUGAAACACUGCUGUUUAUUAUAUUUAUUUAAUUGCUUUUGUUUUCAUCUCAUUUUGAAACAGAAGCGUCUCCUCCUCGGUUACUCUGUUAGCAUCAUGCUAACUUUCACGGUGAAGUUUUACACUUUAUUUUCUGAGACGUCUUCACUGCUGUAAACUGAAGCCUUCUGCAUUUAAAAUUAAACUCAGAUGAAAUCUGUUCUCUUCUGGGAUAAAUGAGAUGAAAUGUGGAGCUGAAGAAUCUUUUUCUGUGUCUGGAUGUUUAAAUGUCUUCAUCUGUAAAAACAAAUGCAAUAAAAAGAGAAGAAUCAGUCAAACUUCA